UUUAGUUGUCAAGCUUCGUUCCAUAGUCCAUACAUACGAACUUAGAUUAGAGCAGAGGAGCUGUGUUGUGUAGGUGAUGCAAAUGGAGGUCGUCUACCUCGGCGUAGCUCUCGUGUCCUUGUGUGUUGUGCUUCUUUCCAGGCGUAGGCGCAGAGCGAACGAGCCGCCGGGGCCGUGGCAGCUGCCGGUUAUCGGCAGCCUGCACCACCUCGCCGGGCAGCUCCCCCACCACGCGCUGCGUGACCUAGCACGGCGCCACGGGCCGGUGAUGCUCCUCUGGCUCGGCGAGGUGCCCACGCUGGUGGUGUCGUCCCGGGAGGGUGCCCGCGAGGUGAUGAAGACCCACGACGCGGCGUUCGCGACGCGACCCCUCAACGCCACCAUGCGCGUGCUCACCAACGGCGGCCGGGGCAUUGUGUUCGCGCCGUACGGCGACUACUGGCGUCAGCUCAGGAAGAUCACCGUCUUGAAGCUCCUUUCGGCGCGGCGCGUCCUGUCCUUCCGCGCCAUCCGGGAGGAGGAGGUCGCUGCCAUGCUCCGCGAUGUCGCGGACGCAGCGGCGGCCACGCGCCCCGUGGAGCUAAGCGCGCGCAUCUCCGCCCUCGUCACCGACAUCACCGUCCGCGCCGUCAUGGGCGACCGGUUCAAGGAGCGCGACGUGUUCCUCCGCUCGCUCGACCGCGGCGUGAAGCUCGCGGCCGGGUUCAACCCGCCGGACCUGUGGCCGUCGUCCUGGCUUGUCGGUUGGCUCAGCGGGGGCGUGCGCCGCGUCAAGGAUUGCCGCGAUACCGGGACCGGCAUCCUUGACCCCAUCAUCCGGGAGCACCUGGAGAAGAUGGAAGAUGGCGGAGGCCAGAAGGAGGACUUGCUCGACGUGCUUCUAAGAAUACAGAAGGAGGAGGAGGGCAGGCUCCAAUUCCCGCUCGACAUGGACACAGUCAAAUCCGUCAUCUUG